AUGCCACUCGUUAAACGACGCAGCAGUGCACAUGGGCUCAAGGACCAACAUCGUAAGGAUGGAAUCACCCUGGCGCCAGUCACCUCCAAGCAGCGCCCUGUCAGCUCUUACGAUGCCUACCGUGGCCAACCUUCACCUUCCCGUCUGAGCCACGAGCUGCGGCCCGAUGACAUAGCUCCCGAAUCAACGGACAAGGAGUCUGCACGCUCGACGAAGCGGUUCAGUAUGAUGCGAUUCCGUAAUUUCUCAGAAUCCCAGCUCUCGACGCGCGCGAGACUAAAUGCGGAACGACCGCCAGUGCCGGCUAUACCGACCGAGCCUCUUCCUACCAUUGUCAAAACCGCUCCUACCACGGACAACCUCGGGAUGGCCGAUACGGUGCGGGAGGAAGAGCGACAACAGAAGCCGUCAAUGUUUAGAAGAGCAACUUCGCGCGGAAGACGUUCAUCAGUGCAAGAGGUGCGACAGUCGACAGACGGUCAGAGGACGGAAAAGAGGGUCACAACGUCGAAAUGGCGACGAGGAAAGAGCAGCGGCUUGGAGGACUUGCAGCGACUGUCGACAUUGCACAAGGAGAAUGGCAGUGGCAUCCUAGGAGGAUCCGCGCCGCCCUCAUAUGGGGAUGUGGACAGCUCUGCUCUUGCCCUACCAGUGCCACAAUUUGCAAACCCGUCACGGAACUCUGAAUCGUCCAGAUCGGACGGUAGCAACGGCAGCUCCGGCAGCGGUCCUAUAUACGGCUCGACGACCACGACGACACAUACAGUCUCCACGCACACGACGUUUUUCAAGCUGCCGCGGCGUAACAAGAAGCAGGCACCUCUGUUUCCACUACCCCGACGGACAACAUCCAAUGACUUGCUCACGAGCCAAUCCGCUGAUACAAGCCCAACAAAGCAGCGCGCAAACACGUUGCCCUCUCCGCGUGGAGGUCAAUCAAAGAGUGCUUUAACUUUCGCCGGAAACCACGGCAACCUCUUUCGGAACGACUCUCAGCGAUCUUUCGGAUCUGGCGCCUCCUCUCCUCUUCAUCCGCCAAUGCGACUGAGUUUGAGAAAUAGGUCUUCUACACACAGCUCCCUUGCGCGCAGUUCGCAUGAGGUUGAGACUCCGCCACCGAGAACAUCUACAUCGACUGCGGGCAGAUCGAGUCUUGGUGGUCUGCUCAGCCUGUCAAGAUUUCGUCAAAGCUCCGAGCCUCACUCGCGGAAUGGGUCGCCGGGACUUAGAAGUCAUGCAAAUUCAUUUGCCAUCAGUCGUGAGACACUCGUAAUUCCGGAGAGAGAGGAGGGCGAUACCCCUGGUAAGUACUUGGAGCGCCUCGAAUCAGCCGUGGCAAGAAGCGUCAUUGCGGGCAUACUGUCCAAGUCAGCGGACCCCUUCGCGCAAGCUGUACUUCGAAGCUACACUCGCCGCUUUCCAUUUUUCGGAGAGCCCAUAGACAUGUCUCUGAGGAAAUUCCUGCUGGAAGCCGAGCUGCCCAAAGAAACACAGCAGGUUGAUCGCGUUGUUCAGGCCUUUGCCGACCGAUACCAUGAGUGCAAUCCCGGCAUAUUCGCCAACGCAGACGCAGCGUAUAUCAUUGCUUUCUCGAUCAUGAUGUUGCACACCGAUGCCUUCAACAAAAAUAACAAGAGGAAAAUGCAAAAGCAGGAUUACAUCAAAAAUACCUCUGGGCAGGGCCUUGAUCCAGAGAUUCUUGGCUGCUUCUACGACAAUAUCUGCUACACGCCUUUUGUGCACUUCGAUGAGGAUGUCGAUCUUAACGGAGAAAGGGUCAUGCCCUUCAAAGCCAAAUCUGCAGGUGGGAAAUUGAAAGCAGCGAUUCCAGGCUCAGACGCCACCGUUAAAAAGCCUUCGGGUCCUGUCGAUCCAUACAAUCUACUUGUCGAGCAGAAGCUCGAUACUUUGCGGCCUCCGAUCAAGGAUAGCAUCAUGAUGGACGAUCCGUAUGACUAUCGAGGCGGCCAAGGCGACCUCGACCCGCAGUAUCUCCAGCGAGCAUUCACCCAUACCGGCGUCCUGCAGAUCAUCUCUGCGAGGUCUCGACCUGCCGCUUACGAGAAUCAGGUCCUCAACGGCGAUCCGAAUCCCGUCGAUUCGCAGCAAGGCAUUGUAGACUUGAAAGUCACCAAGGUCGGAACGCUGUGGCGCAAAGCUGCGAAGCGGAAGAAGACGCGGAGUCCAUGGCAGGAGUGGGGAGCCAUCCUUACCGGUUCGCAACUCUACUUGUUCAAGAACCCCCACUGGACGAAAAGCCUGGUACACCAAUUCAUGAGCCACCAAAAGCCAGGACAUGCUCGGACUCCCGUCACAUUCAAGCCUCCCAUCCAGGAAUUCAAAUACGAUGCUUUGAUCAAGACAGACGACGCUGUUGCAUUGGUGGACAGCACCUACAACCGACACAAGAAUGCUUUUGUUUUCGUUAGGCCGGGCGGGAUUGAGGAAGUCCUUUUGGCGGAUAACGAGAGUGAGCUCAACGAGUGGCUGGGAUUGAUCAACUACGCCGCUGCCUUUCGUGCAGCUGGUGUAAGAAUCAGAGGUAUGGUGGGUGGGAACGAGGAAGACCAACGGGCGAAGGAGGUCAUGCAACUGGACUCGACGAACGCCAACAAAUCGAUACGGACAGCAAUGGGCGAGUCUAGCUUGCGAAACCGCGGAAUCAGCCCGCAACUACAGAAGCAAGUCAUGGCAGCGCGGCGUCAGAUCAUGGUGCAGAAGAUAGGAGAGAUUGAGCAAGAGGUCGCAGAUGCUAACAGACGGCUGGAAGGCUCUCUUCGCAAUGCUCGCCAUCUACUGUUGUUGGCACCCAUCUCGCAACGGUCAAGAGAAGACGUGGUGCACGCCGCUGCAAAGAAGGACGUCAGCCUUCAUUGGGCGAGGAGGGACGUCUGGCGGUUGAAAUGUCAUCGGGAUAUUUUGGCGAUGGACGUCAGGCUGGACGGACUUAGUGCGAGCGAGUUGGAGAAGCUCACGCGGGAUCGAAAGCCUGCGGAGCCCGAGUCCGCUCGCAAGGAGAAGCCGAAUAUGCUCGCGCGACUAAGUUCAUCGAGGGCGGCUGGAGGGAAAAGCCCACCGCGAAGUCCAAUCACGGCGGGUCGGCGACCAUCCGAUGGCUUCAUGACUGGCGAUGUCUUCCGAACACCAUCGGAAACUCUGCCAACUGUGCAGGAUGAAGAAGCUUGGCGUCUGCCGCCUUUGAAUUUGGAUCUGGAUUCGUCGGUGCGUCAGCACCGAACAUCCGUGACCAGCACGCUUCUUUCUUCGUCACCUCCGCUUGGCGCUCAUAGCCUUGCGCACUCAUCAUCAACUUCAAGUGUGAUUCUGCCUCAGCGUACAGGGUCCAUUGCACGGAUUCAGACUGCUGAUAGCCACGAGACACCGAGCUGGGAUGAGAGACAGCUAGAGAUGUUGGCAAGAACGACUAUGAGACCAGAAGAUGAUUCAUCAAAGACCUUGGAAGGUCAAGUCGGCGGCACAACGCCUGAGACCCGGCAAAAAGGCGUGCGCAGGAGUCUCCAUAAAACUCUUCGCGAUCAUCACAGCUCGGGUCACAAGCACCGUCGUAACAAGGACAGUGAAAGCACCGUUCGAUCUGGUGGACUGGAUGAUCAAGACUUGGAGGAAGGCACGCCAGGCCUUGCGCGCGAGAAACCACGAUUCAUCUUGCACGGAAAACAGGCGUCAGUCGUGCAAUUUGGUGGCGACUGGGAGCGGAUG